CAGACGCGUGGAUGCUGCCGCCGCUGCAUCCUUUCUGGCUCUUCUCUCCUCACUCUUUGGAGGGGAUCAAACUAAACAAACAAAAACAAUAGAGGUCGGAGAAAGACAAACAAGUGGCCGCUCCAGAGCGAGCCACAACAAUGAGCCCAAAAUUGAAUGGAUUAGCCAAUCUAUUCUGAGCUCUAAUGGGAUUAGAGAGGCAGCGCGCAGACAUGCAGGGUGGCGGCGGCGUGGUACCGUUCGUUCGGCUCUCCGGGGACCUCUCCCCCUGGAAAUGGCGCUGUUGAUGCCACUGGACGCGCGGCGGAUGUCGGGGGACCUUUUGGAGCCAUUUGCACGCACGCUCACGGAUUCCUCGAAGUAGCGGUCCAAGGAGCCUGAAGAUGAAGUACCAGAAAUACAUCACCGUGAUGCAGAUGGCCAUGGGAGUGACAGCCUCCAACAAAGACUGCCUACCCACCAAGAGACAGCUGUGGGUAACCCCGUCAGACGGCGAGACGUCACCCUCUGGUGCUCCUGACGCUUCAGAUGGGCCUAUAGGUGCUACUGGGGGUGCGGGUGCCAUGGCCAUGCCUGCCACAUCCACCCUCUCCCUGCCCAUGAGCCAGGGGAAACCUUCCUUGCGUCGAAUUAAAGGCCGCAUUCACCGCAGCAAGAGCCUAGACAGCAUGGAUCUUCUUGAUGCUAACAGUGCAGCGAUGGAGGAAACAGUCAUAUGGGAACAGCACACAGUGACCCUUCACAGGGCUCCUGGAUUUGGGUUUGGUAUUGCCAUCUCAGGUGGGAGAGACAACCCACACUUCCAAAGUGGAGAGACAUCCAUUGUGAUAUCUGAUGUUCUAAAAGGAGGUCCAGCAGAGGGGCUGCUGCAGGAAAAUGAUCGCGUGGUCAUGGUCAAUGCAGUGUCCAUGGACAAUGUAGAGCACGCAUAUGCCGUGCAACAACUCCGCAAGAGUGGCAAAAAUGCAAAGAUAACUAUUCGUAGGAAAAGGAAAGUACAGAUCCCUGUUUCUCGGCCAGGGGACAGGGAGACCAUGUCGGAGCAUGAAGAAGAGGACAGCGAUGAGGAAGAUGGCUAUGAUCGCAGUGGUCGUGCUGGCCAAAGUGCCUAUGCUGGAGCAAGCGGAGGCACGAGCAGCGGCCGACGACGUGAUCGUGAACGCAGCAGCAGCGGUAGAAGGGAUCACAGUGCCUCACGGGAAAGGAGUGUCUCACCGCGCUCUGAUCGGCGUUCACAAGCUUCUUCUGCUCCCACCAGGCCUUCCAAAGUCACACUUGUCAAGUCGCGGAAAAAUGAAGCAGAAUACGGACUGCGGUUAGCGAGCCACAUCUUUGUGAAGGACAUCUCUCCUGAGAGCCUUGCGGCCAGGGAUGGGAACAUUCAGGAGGGAGAUGUUGUUUUGAAGAUCAAUGGCACAGUUACUGAGAACCUAUCAUUGAUAGAUGCCAAGAAGCUUAUUGAGAGGUCAAAGGGCAAGUUAAAGAUGGUUGUGCAGAGAGAUGACCGUGCCACGCUGCUGAACAUUCCUGACUUAGACGACAGCAUUCCAUCAGCCAAUAACUCUGACAGAGAUGACAUUUCAGAAAUACAUUCAUUGACAUCAGACCAUUCCAAUCGCUCCCAUGGCCGGGGUCGAUCACACUCACCGGACAAGAAUGAGCCAUCCGAUCAUCUCCGGCUCUCGCCUCGGCAGAUCACCAACGGCAGCCAUCGAAGUCGAGACGAGGAGCGCUCCAAACCGGGAGCGAUGUCCACACCAGUCAAAAGUUCUGAUGACGGCGUCUUGUCUCAGGCUAGUGAUCAAGCCAGCUCCAGAGAUGACAAACAGUUACCUCCACUGCCUGAACCAAAGCCUGUGUAUGCACAGCCUGGCCAGCCGGACGUGGACCUGCCAGUCAGCCCCUCCGAUGCACCUGUGCCCAGCGCCGCUCAUGAUGACAGUAUCCUCAGACCAAGUAUGAAGCUCGUCAAGUUCAAAAAGGGAGAGAGUGUCGGUCUUCGCCUCGCCGGGGGCAACGACGUGGGGAUAUUUGUAGCGGGAGUUCUGGAAGACAGUCCUGCAGCCAAGGAGGGGCUAGAAGAAGGGGACCAGAUUCUCAGGGUGAACAAUGUGGACUUUGCCAACAUCAUUCGAGAGGAGGCGGUGCUAUUUCUGCUUGAUCUGCCGAGAGGAGAGGAAGUUACAAUCCUCGCUCAGAAGAAGAAAGAUGUGUACCGGAGGAUAGUGGAGUCGGACGUGGGCGACUCUUUCUACAUCCGCACACAUUUUGAAUAUGAAAAAGAGUCACCGUAUGGAUUAAGCUUCAACAAGGGUGAGGUGUUCCGUGUGGUCGACACUCUCUACAAUGGCAAAUUGGGCUCCUGGCUUGCUAUCCGCAUUGGCAAGAACCAUCAAGAAGUGGAGAGGGGCAUCAUCCCCAACAAGAACAGGGCUGAGCAACUGUCCAGUGUGCAGUACACCCUCCCCAAAACACCAGGGGGCGAUAGAGCAGAUUUCUGGCGCUUCCGUGGCUUGAGAAGCUCAAAGAGGAAUUUGCGGAAGAGCAGGGAGGACCUUUCAGCACAGCCAGUUCAGACAAAGUUCCCCGCCUAUGAGAGGGUGGUGCUGAGGGAAGCUGGGUUCCUGAGGCCGGUGGUCAUCUUUGGACCGAUAGCAGACGUGGCAAGAGAGAAACUGGCACGAGAAGAGACGGAUAUUUUUGAACUGGCAAAAACACAGCAACAACAAGGAGGGGAAAAAAGCGAGCCACGGGAUGCUGGAAGUGAUCAAAAAAGCUCUGGCAUCAUUCGCCUGCACACCAUCAAACAGAUCAUUGACCGGGACAAACAUGCAGUAUUGGACAUCACCCCAAAUGCAGUGGACCGUUUGAACUACGCCCAGUGGUAUCCAAUUGUGGUGUUCCUCAACCCAGACACAAAGCAAGGUGUCAAGAACAUGAGGACCAGACUCUGCCCCGAGUCUCGGAAGAGUGCCCGGAAGCUGUAUGAACGAGCCCUAAAACUGAGGAAGAACAACCACCAUCUCUUCACCACAACCAUUAACUUGAACAACAUGAACGAUGGUUGGUUCGGAGCACUGAAGGAAACAAUCCAGCAGCAGCAAAACCAGCUGGUGUGGGUUUCAGAGGGCAAGGCUGAUGGGGCAGCAGAGGAUGAUCUGGAUAUCCACGAUGACCGUCUAUCCUACCUGUCAGCACCAGGCAGUGAGUAUUCCAUGUACAGCACCGACAGCCGCCACACCUCUGACUACGAGGACACGGACACGGAGGGCGGAGCCUACACCGACCAGGAGCUGGACGAAACACUGAACGACGACGUGGGUCCGCCCGCGGAGCCUGCCAUCACCCGCUCGUCCGAGCCUGUCCGCGAGGACCCGCCUGUCAUCCAGGAACCGCCCGGCUACGCUGGCUACCCGCACGCGCUGCAGUCUGACCCGUUGAACCGCAUCGACCCGGCUGGUUUCAAAGCGGCGGCGCCUCAGCAGAAAGCAGAAGCCACUGCCAUCCCUAGCAACCCUCAGCAGCCUGAGCCCCUGGCUGAGACAGUGACCCCUGCUGUAAAAACUGUAGGGGGCCCGAGCCCCGCCGAGGCUCCUGGAGCUCUCCGCAGCCAGCCAAGCCCAAGCCCCGAGGCUGGCUCACUAAAGAGGCCCCCGCCUGAGCUAGCCCCUCAGGGUGUCACGUCCGAACCCCGACAAUCUGGACUGGCCAGUUCAGAACCAAAGAUGUUUCCAAAAGAUCCAUAUAGCCUGGACGGCACAGGGAGACCUGGUCACGCAACAAAAGCUGGGAAUUACAACCCUCAGCAGGGAUACCACCCUGACCAGCAGCCAUACAGAGAUUAUGACCACCCACCCAAUCGGUAUGAUGUCAGCAGUGGAGGUGGUUAUCUGGAACCAAAGUACCGCAAUUAUGACUCUCAGCCGCCCUUUGAGAACAGUGACCCUCACUAUGACCAGCAACAGUGGAGCCCCUACGGCCAGAUGCACUCUACUGCCAACUCCCAGGGUUACAGCCCGCGACUGCCAUACAGCGACGGCCUCGACUCUCAGUACACCCCUCCACUCCGCUACGAUGAACCUCCACCUCAGCAGGGAUUUGACGGCCGGCCUCGCUAUGGUAAACCCACAGCGUCUGGACCUGUCCGCUACGAUGAUCCUCCUCCGCUUUCGCCGGGGCAUGACCUGCACUACAGCCAGGAUUCUCACCUGACGCCGUACCCUUCAGCCGCCCGUUCUCCCGGCGGCCAGCGGCCGACCUACAACCAGGGACCAACGCAACAACAAAAAGGCUACAAACCUCAGCAGUAUGACCCUGUUGCUGUCAACUCUCACACCAGCCCCACACCCACUUCCAAAACGGAGGUCACCUCACCUUCACCUGUUGAUGCUCCAAAGCCCGACACUGCCAGAAACGAGGAUGACCCCGCCAUGCGACCGCAGUCGGUCCUGACAAGGGUCAAGAUGUUCGAGAACAAGCGCUCGGUGUCCAUGGACCGAGCCAGAGAUGUGGGAGAUUUAUCUGGGAACAGGGCAACAGAUUUACCCUUGAAACCCGGAGGAAUCAUCCCAAAAGCAAAUUCUUUGAGCAACUUGGACUCGGAAAAGAGCUAUAAUAGAGUCCCAGAGCCUCAGAAGCCUCAGUCUAAAGUGGCUGACGAUAUCGUGCGUUCCAACCAUUACGACCCAGAUGAGGACGAGGACUACUACAGGAAGCAGCUCUCUUACUUUGACAGGCUCCAGACUGGCCCCACAAAACCUCAAGCUCAAGCACAAACAGCGCACAACAUCUCCAGAACAGAAUCAGUGGAGAAACCGAGUCCAGUGGAGAAACGGUAUGAACCAGUGCCCCAGCUGACACCCUCUCUGCCACCAGCCACACUGCCCAAGCCCUCAAGUGAAGCCAAGCCUCCUGCCCGAGACGACACUGUCCAGAGCAACUUCCUGCCUCACAAGAACUUUCCUGAGAAGUCCCCGGUUAACGGCACCAGCGAACAGCCUCCGAAAACCGUCACCAGCAGUGGGGCUCCACCAGCAGCUAGCUACAACCGCUAUGUGCCCAAACCGUACACCACCUCCGCCAGGCCCUUUGAGCGCAAGUUUGACAGUCCCAAGUUCAACCACAACCUUCUGCCCAAUGACAAACCGGAUAUGGCCGCAAAGAGUCAGAGUGGCAGCCCAGUGAAGCCCGCUCAAUCCCACAACAUGGACCACGACAGCGGCCUGGAUACGUUCACACGUACGAUGGACAGUCGCUCCAAGUACCAGCACAACAGCAUCAACGCCGUUCCCAAAGCCAUCCCAGUGAGCCCCAGUGCCCUGGAGGAUGAUGAGGAAGAAGAUGAGGGCCACACAGUGGUCGCGACAGCUCGGGGCAUCUUCAACUGCAACGGUGGAGUCCUGAGCUCCAUUGAGACGGGGGUCAGCAUUAUCAUCCCUCAGGGCGCCAUCCCUGAAGGCGUGGAGCAGGAGAUCUACUUCAAGGUCUGCCGGGAUAACAGCAUCCUGCCUCCGCUGGACAAGGAGAAAGGGGAGACUCUGCUCAGCCCUCUGGUGAUGUGUGGACCUCAUGGCCUCAAGUUUUUGAAGCCUGUGGAGCUGCGCUUACCUCACUGUGCGUCAAUGACCCCUGAUGGUUGGUCUUUUGCUCUAAAAUCCUCCGACUCCUCGUCGGGUGACCCCAAAAGCUGGCAGAACAAGUCCCUCCCGGGGGAUCCCAACUACAUGGUGGGUGCCAACUGCGUUUCUGUUCUCAUCGACCACUUUUAAGCCGGGCCAGCAGGUGUUGCAAAACGUGCUUGUCCGUGGUGGACGUACAGCGGUGACAUUGCUGCACUGAAGAAGAUCCCGUCAGUGCUGCUUUGCGGCACCGAUGGACCGGGGCGAGGCACUGAAGAUGUAAACUUCCCCAAAAAUGAAGUCUUGAUGUGAAAUGAAACCAUUGAUGCAUGCUCCCCGAUGAUAUAUAGUAUAUAUAUAUGAUUAUAUACUAGUAUAUACAUACAUACACCCUCACAACAAAGUUUUUACGUGAGCGGCGCCAGCAGCGAACAUAUUUUCCAGUGUAUUUAUGCUAUAUAUGCAUACAGUAUAUAUAGUCUAGAGAAAAUGUAUAAAGCAUUUUACUCCUCGGUUCUCUUGCUAUUUGUCAGUUGGGGUGACUGAAUAUAAUACGUAUCCACAUUCUUCCACUUUUGAGGGAAUCCGAGUCUCUGAUUCCUCUUCCUCUAUUGCGCCUUGUUUCCAGCCAGAUCUUGUAGCUUGACUUCUUCUCUCUCUCUCUGUCUCUCUCUCUCUCUCGCUCUGUCCUCCCAGCCUGAGGGAGAUCUAUGCAUGUUCUUCUACUCAGGUCGACAACGGCCUCCUCCGUUUGCUUCCUCACGUUUUAUUCUGGCGUUGUCAUUUAGUCUUGUUUUUUUUUUUUUGCACUGUUGCAUUCACACACAAUAAGCAGUGAUGCCUUAUCUGAAUCAUUCACGUUUAUUUUUCAUGAAGAAAACAAUAAUUUAUGAUGAGUAAGUGUCUCGUGUCGUUUUUGUUGUUAACUCGGCCGUCUCGGCAAACACAGCAACGUUUGAAAGAGGGCAACGUGUGUAUGUUCCUAUGCAUUACUUCAUUCAAACAACCACAGAAGAAGAAGAGUGGCUGUAAAUAAAGCUAGCAUAUUGCCUUGGUUCUUUUAUUUGUAAAUGAACUUUUUUGUAAGUCUUUCUUUUUGUAUAAAACGUAGCGAAAACAUGUUUGACAAAGUGGAAGAGCAACAUGGACGCGUGCUUAUCUUUGUAUUCUGAAUAUACCCCCGAGCCUUGAAACUUUGAACCUGACAAUACUACAUCACACCUUUUCUACCAACAUAUUCACACGCGGUUACUGUCUUUUUAUGGCUACUUAAGGAUUAGUCAAGUGCUUGGGGCUGAAAUACAUGGAAAAACAUGUUCUUUUACAAGGGUGUGCUCCCGGAAAAUGUUUCCCCCUCACUGACUUGUGAUACUGAAUGCUGUACUGUGUGCCCUUAAAUGUAUUUUUGUACUAAUCGACCAUAAUUGAUGUAUGGCACACCAGAACCAUCUUAUUUUUUAGACUUAACACAGCUUUAAUUGGUUAUUAGCUCUUCACGUGUGGCUAAUUUCUUUGUUGUUUUUUUCCCCUCCUCUGCAACACAAUUUUAAGCAUACCACUGUAUUAAUAAAUAAACAUUUUUUAAAGUAAUAUUUGUCAGAGAGGUCUUAUUCUGCAAACUCAACAGUUAUGUUAAUAUGCUUGUCAUCGGAUUGCAUUUUUUAAAAUGGGAACUGUCAACUGCAUUUGAAAAUAAGGGACGUUUUACGGGGAAAUGAGGGAAAAUUUCCACCAUUUUUUUUUUUUAUCAAGAAAGUUAAAAUACGGGAAACUAAUAAAACAAGAGGGCGGCGGGAAAGAAAAACAAAAUACAGGAGUUUCCCCAGGGAAAAUGAAGGGGUUGAGCGGUAUGUUGUAAAUCGGGGGUGUCCAAGCUUCUUCCACCCGGGGGCCGCAUACUGAAAAUUAUCUUGUAUUUGUAUUUAUUUUGUAAAAAGC